GAAAGAGAGUGUUUUCACAAAUAUUUAGUAUCACCCACUUUCGAAAGCCCAAUCUCCUCGCACCUCUCUCACACACACGCGACGCAUAAACCCUAAACCUAAUCCUAACCCUAACCCUAACCCUAACCCUAACCCUGACCCUAACACGUUAAUUGAAGCGUGUCAUUGCAGGAAUCGCCAUGAAGGGCCGUAAAUCUAAGACCGAGUCGAAGAAAUCAGACAGCAAGCUUUCUGUGAAGACACGCCCUACCAAAUCAUCCAAGGGAAAGGCUGCGGUGGACCCAAACAAACCCAAGAGGCCAGUCAGUGCUUUCUUUGUUUUCAUGGAAGAGUUCCGAGAGCAGUUCAAAGAAAAGAAUCCCAACAACAAAUCAGUCUCAGUUGUAGGCAAAGCUGGUGGUGCCAAAUGGAAGUCAAUGUCUGAUGCUGAGAAAGCACCCCAUGUAUCCAAGGCAGACAAGCGGAAGAAGGAUUACGAAAAGAACAUGGACGCCUAUAACAAGAAAUUGGCUCGAGGUACAAAUUUAUCUGAGGAUGAAAAUGAGGGGUCUGACAAGUCUAGGUCUGAAGCCACUGAUGAGGAGGAUAAAGGAUCGGAGGGCAGUGGAGAGGUGGAAGAUAGCGAUUAGGCUUCAGUAUGAUUGGCGGCUUCUAUGUUAAUCCCUUGCUCUUGUUACUGCAUUUUGAUGGAUUCUGGUGACAAGUAUAUUUCCCAUGCCCUUUCAUUUUGUUUUGCCCCGGCAAUUUUAUGUAUAGUUGACAGAAUUUGUGGAGCAAGCUAACCUUUCACUUGGUUUGAAUGAAGCUCUUAGAUUGUGGGAACAAAAAAAGAAUUCUUAUAUGCUUUUAGUACUAUUCCUUAAAAGGCCUUUUGCAA